GAAUUGACAUGCUUGACGGCACUCACGCCAAAGCUUUGAGAACAGACACACACGCCUCUCCUGGCUGGAGGGCGUGCAUCUCCACCGUCUGCGAACGAUGAGUCGCGCCGAGCGAUUCGAGGACGAGAAGCGCCGCAUCAUUGAGAGUUGCUUCUCGAAGCUCGACGCGAAUGGGCAGCUGGCCGAAAGCUACAUCACGCACAUCCGGAUCCAGGAAGAUGGCUCCCAUCCCUCCGCACCACCGCCGCCUGAUAGCCCCCCAGAGCACAAGAAGCCCCGUCUGAUCAUCAUCGCCGUGCGGUCGACGGGCCGCGUGCGCAUGCACAAGGCGCGAGAGAACAACAAUGGCAGCUUCAGCAUUGGCAAGACAUGGAACAUGGAGGAGCUCUCGUGCAUCGAGUCGUUUGCGAAUCCGCCGCAUCCGCCCCAGAGCGAGCGAGAGGCCAGCCACCGCGCCUGGGCCGGCAGCGAGGGCUUCAUCGUCACCAUCUCCAAGCCGUACUACUGGCAAGCGGGCACGAGCAAGGAGAAGGAUUUCUUCAUAGCGAGCGCAGUCAAAAUCUAUCGCAAAUACACAAAGGGCCAGACUCCCGAGCUGCGAGGCUUCGAUGACAAGGAGAGAGCUCAAAUACUGGGUGCCUUUCCCGCCGCAGCCCCGAUGCCUGCUCAGCAGCCACCACCUACGUCGCGGACUGCUGCUCGUCCACCCGGUGAUGGACAUUUGCCGCCACCACAUCCGCCCUUUGUACAACGAGAUCAGAGCCGGGACGGGAGUCGAUACAGAGGCAGUCCAGGUCCUCCCCCGAGUGUUAGUGAUGCAGGGAGACCAGGCAGUGGUCCAAAUUCUCGACGGCCCUCAGACUCUCCCGCACGCUUUGGGCCCGGAAUGCAUCCUCCCAGCGGACCACGGCCUUUUGCCAGCACUGAGCAGAUGCGUCAACCCAGCCGAGACGGACGACCAGAAUUCCGACCUGGCACCUCUCCUGCUCCUGGACAGCUCCAGCCACCCAUGGGACAGCACGGCGCUCGGAGGGGUGAUCAGCCUCCCUCUUCACCAGGUCUUCCUCCGCCCGGGCUGGGAGGAGAGUCGACGCCACUGCGGCCACGGAGUCCCGCGCAACGCUCAAUUCCGCACUCCCAUGAUGGAGCGUCUGAAGACAGAAAUCUGAUCGAAGCGCCCUCUGCGGAUGGUACCAAACGGGAGGCGGCGCACUUGUUCCAAGCUGCACGCGAUAGGUAUAUGAACUACCAGCCACACUCUCACGAUCCCUCCGGGAGGACACCACCAACGCGCGCAUUACCACAUCUUGACACGACGCCCGUCGCACCCGCGCAGAAUGGACACGCGAAGCCACCGGUAGAUCAAGCUAUGACUGCUACCAGCGCGGAUUCCAACGGCAUUAAUGGUGCAGAUGCCGCAGCCCUGGGUGCUAUGAAUUCUUACUACUGGGGACCGGAGCACUCUAUUGCCGCUGCGCCACCGCCCACAAGUGAUGCACCACCCAGUCCUGCAACGCCUGAGCGCUCGACUCGACGUCCCAACGCCGAGCAUGCAGCUUCUGCGAGCAGUGUUGAUCUAAGACCUGCUCCGUUGCAAGCGCGACCAGUUCCAGAGAAUAGUGCAGAUCACGUAGCCACAGAAGCAGGGACCCAUCAAGUCACCAAUGACGCGGGAGACACUGCGGAAGUAAGACCACUUCAGCUUUCGAACAAGUCCGCGCUCGACCGCAUGAAUACUGAGGAUGCUUCGCAGCAACCCUCAGCUCAGCCAGCUUUGGACGAGCCUGAAACACUCGAGAGGAAUCUCGGAGAAGGAGAAGAAGAAGAGGAGGAGGAGGAGGAGGAGCGCUACAGGCCAGGCCUCGGACCAAUGUUCAAGAAGAAGGCAAUCGCGGAUCGUUUCAAGAAGGCUGCCAACGCAGCGAGCGCAUUCAAACCACGCCCUGGGGGCGCGGCCGAGAAGAUACUGAAGGCAAAAGCAGAUCGAGACGGAGAACCAGAUGGCAUAACUGGUGUUGUGCCUCGACCACAGCUUCGCCAAAAACAAGAUGAACAACCGGUCACUCCAGGCGACAAUGAAUUCCGCAAUGGCUCGCCGCAGGAGGAGCCCCCGCGGGUAGAAAUCAGUUCUCCCAGGUCGCCAAUUGCGGCUGAUCAUGAGCCACUUGAGGCCGUUCAAAAGUCCGUGGAGCUGCAUGAUGAUGGACCUCAAGUACAGGCCGUGACAACGGAGCUGAAUCACGAGGACAACGCGACAAACGAGAAAACCGAGCAGCGCCAUGCCCAACAGCCACAGGUCAAAAUCAAGCGACGCAGUGCCCAGCAAGAGCGGUACCUUGCCUCGCUGGGCAUCGACCGAGCGCUGAUGGCGGACAAAGGACUUGAUUUCGAACUGGUGCUCUCUGAAUUCGGUUGGAGCAGCAACAUCUUGCAGCCGAAACAGCUGGCUAUUCUCGAUCAUGAUAUUCGUCGCGAGCACAGUCGAAUCGAGGCUGGCUCAUGGUUGUCAGAUGCUGAUUCUUCUCGAGAAGAGCGCAUAUUGCAUGUCGAGGGUUUGCUGGACAAAGCAAUCGCAGAGUGUGACGAGCUGGAAGGUCUGCUGACAUUGUAUCAUGUCGAGUUGAGCUCAUUGAACGAUGACAUCGCGUACAUUGAGGCGCAGUCACAGGGUCUACAGGUACAGUCUGCAAAUCAGAAGUUGUUGCAGACUGAGCUUCAAGGACUGGUUGAUACCAUGUCGCUCGACCGGAGUGUCAUGGAGCCGCUACGGUAUGGCAACCUUGCGGAUGCCGCUGCCCUAGAGGAGAUUGAGAUCAGCUUGGUCAAGUUGUACCGAGCGAUGCUGACUAUGGAUCCCAAAUUACGGUCCAAUACACAAUCACUCUCCAGAGUCCGAGGUGCGAUGGGAGAGAACGAGACGUCUGAGAUGGUCGCUCUGCAGGAGAAGAAGAAGGUGUAUGAUCGCGAGUCCACCGAAUUUUGCCAGCGUCUCAUGCAAUUCCUCGAUGCCAGGUUUACGAACUCCGCAAACAGCAUCAAAGGACGAAUCUUGCGAAUACCUAAUGGUGGUGGACUGGCACGACUCAACCCUGAUGCGUUCGGCGAGCUUCGAAACGGGCUAUGGAUGUACAGCCCUAUUCUGCUCUUUACGAAGGAGUUGAACGAACUCGCAUGGAUGACAUUGCUGCGAAUGUACCAACAACGCGCUGGUCUGCUAUAUAAAGACACGUUCAAAGAGAACAUUCAGAACUGGAAGCGCGCAGCACGUGCUAACACUGGAGAUGAGGGCGACAUUCUGUUCACUUCUCUCGAGAGAGAAGAUCCCGCCUCUGGUGGGCUGACAUCCACAGCACGAAAGCUUACCGUAAAGCGAUCUCAGACUCUUGCAAAGACAUUGCGCAAUGCUUCUGGCGACAAACAGGGCAUAUCUGAGCACAAGCGACCCGGCGCCAUGAUGCGGGCGCAGGCCUUUGCGGGCGCAAUAGAUGAGAUGGCUCCACUCGUCAAUCGGGAGCAGAACUUCAUCGUAGACUUGUUUCAUGUCAGUUCCACGGAGACGGCAGAUUUCGUCGACGCCGUACAGUCGUGUCCCCCAGCCUCUCGACGUGGCACGAACUUGCUUGAAAGAAAACCUGUCGAGCCCAAUCGAGAAGUGGCAGGUCUGGUGACGAACACUAUGCUCAAGACCUUUGACUUUUUCUUGGGCGAAACGAAAGCUAUGCAGGAUUGGGCAGUGUCGGAUGAUCCUGUACAAGGAGUUGGCGUCCUGGCUACGCUGUGUCGGCACGCCUACUAUCUACAAGAUACUAACCAGGACUACCUAACGCAGCUUCUCGAGAAUCUCACGGGAAGCCUCAAGACUCGUUUCAACAAGUUUGUCGAUGACCAAAUUCGGGCGAUCGAGGACACCAAGGUGAAGAUCAAGAAGCGGAAGGGCGUGAUCGCAUUCAUGAAGAUUUUCCCCCACUUUUCUGCUGCUGUCGAGAAUACAUUCGCUUCGGUGGCUGGAGUCGACUACGAUGGCCCGGCUGCAUGCGUGCUGGAUGUGAGAAAACUGGUUGAUGACGCAUACGAAAGGAUGAACCGCACUAUGUUCGACAGCCUCAAGGUUAUUGCAAAGGAGAGUCCGACGGCCGGGGUUUCUGCCGGCAAGCCGCCACAUACCGGCCAAGACGACCCCGAAGACAAAGAAAUGCUCAACUAUCAUAUUCUGCUCAUCGAGAACAUGAAUCAUUACAUCGAGGAAGUGGAUGAUGGCGGCCGAGAUGGUGUCCUUGCCGAGUGGAAGGGCAGAGCAUUGAUGGAGAGAAGGGAGGCCCUCGAAGCUUACGUAACUCGCGUCAUCCGCCGACCACUUGGCAAGCUUCUGGACAUGCUGGAAUCUGCAGAAUCUAUUAUUGCCACUUAUCCAGGUAACCCAGGCGCGCUGGCAGCUCGACCGUCCUAUUCUCGCAAGACAAUGCGCACGAUGCUGUCGACACAUGACAGCAAGGAGGUGCGACGUGGUAUCGACACUCUGCGAAAGCGGAUCGAGAAACAUUUCGGCGAAGCCGAUGACGAGCAAUUGUCUCGGGGACUGGUCGCUUUCGUAUGCAAGGAAUGUGAGAGGAGUUACGAGAGGGUGCUGGAGCGGCUCGAGAAGCUCGUCGAGGAGGCGUAUCCUCGUGCUGAAGGAGAAAAGGACGUGGUCAUUGACUUUACGAAAGCAGAUAUACAGGCUGGCUUCCGCAGGUAAGUGUAACAUAGCGACGUGCAGAUGGAUUUCCCAGCGAAUGUACAUACACCAUCAUACGAUAUUCAUCAC